CUGAAGCCGGAAGUUUAGUGUGGCUCACUUGGUUUACUGCCGCAGCGGCUCCUGUGAAGGCGUGUUGUGCUGCCCGUCGGUGCUUUUAACACCCCCUGGCUGUAACAUUUGAUAACCAUCUCAGAAGAGGAAGCCUCCACUUGGUGCAUUUAUACUUUAAUACUUGGUGUUCGCCUGUGGAGAGUUUAUUAGAAGAUAGAAGUCUUACAGUUUCAACUUUCCAAGCAUUACUUUUUUAUCAAACUGAAUAGAAGUAUUAUUCUUAUUAUGUCAAGACCAAUCUCUUUUGAUGGUGGUAUGAUGGACAUGUCAUCAGGACUUGGUCUGUUAAAUGCGGCAGUGAAUUUAAACACUACUACAACACAAGCUUCCACCUCCCAAAGCAGUGUUCAGAUGGAAAGGCUUAACUUGGGAAUGAAACCACGUCUGUACAUGGAAGAGCCCUCCAGACUUUUCUCUACUGGCUCAUCUCAUAGCAUAACAUCGCAUGAUGUUGGAAAUAGAGGCCAAAUGGCGCCAGAGUUCCCUGCCAAAAAAAGCAGAAGUCUUUCUGCAAACCUCGGCAUUUCUCCAGAGAAUUUUGCUGAUCUUGCAGAUAUUUCCAAAGAUAACCUGAGUUCCGAGAUGUUGUCUCACCUCAUAAUGCAAAUCAAGGCUCGUAAAGCUGAGAAAAGUAACUUCACAGACCAUUUAACUGAUGACCAGUCUUCUCAUGCCAUACCUCACAGGGACCCAGGUGAAGAUUGGGAGACUGUCAGGCACAGAAGAAUUGAUAAUUAUUACAAGUCACCUGGUUUUGAUGAUGUAAGAAAGAGGCGUUAUGAUCCAGUUGAUGAAAUACGUUCUCAAACCUAUGAUAGACUUGAUUCAGAUGAGUGGAUAGGUGGCAAUUCUAACAACCGUUCUUCUGAAUCAUCUCGAGCACAUGGCAGGUUGGACUGUGAUCUGAUGGGUCCCAAAUAUGAUUCCCUUCGGUCAAAGGUAGAGAAAAGGAAAGGGUCACCAUCGUUAUACAUGAUUGAGGAUUAUCAUGGGAAGAUGCCCCGUACUUUUCCCCAUAUAUGUUCCCUGUGUGAUUUUGAGGUGCUUUCCAAAAAGGUUUGGAAUAGACACCUUGAUGGAGUAUUGCAUACAGAGUCAUGCCAAAUCCUGCUGGAUAUGUAUCCAGACUGGAUCCCAGACAGAAUGCCUAGCUGUUCGUUGGAGAGUUCUGAUUCAAGAUUGUAUAGAUCAUCUUCAGUGGACUUUGCAUCAUCAGCGUCUCGAAGAGCAAGAAUAAAUCGUGAUUGGAGUACAGAUGAAUCUUCAAUCCCUUCUUCAAGAUCCAGGCCUGAGAAUACACCUCCCAGGCCCCAGGAUUAUGCAGUGGUAUAUUUCAGCAAUCUUCCACCUGUAAAUGAUGCAGAAGUUGCACUAAAAGAAGUAGCUGAGUGCUUUGGUCCUGUCAGGAAUACUCUGAUAUUAAGAAAUGGGGCUUUUGUGGAAAUGGUUCACUGUGCUCAUGCUGAAAUGAUGGCAAAAUACUAUACACACAAUGUCCUCAAGAUAAAGGAUGUCAAGAUUAAUGUAAGGCUAUGCUACAAAUACAAGAGGCUCAGGAUUUACCCAGUCUUACAAAGAAGCAGGGAAAUUAGUAGCAGGCAGAGAAGAAGUAAAUCCAGGAGUCGAGGUAAAGAAAGAUCCAGAACACAAGAACGCGUGACAAGGAACAAAAGGGAUGAUUCUCAGAAGAAGGAAUUAAAGGCUAACAAAAAUGCAGGUGAUGAUGUAAAAAUCUUGGAAAAUAAAGUUUUGGAGAAGCAAGAAACAGUUUCAGAAAACCUCAAAGAUAAAAUCUUACACAAUACUGUCUGUCCAGAUAAACAAGUGGCAGCUGCAUCAGGUCAGUCAGAGGAUGUCUGCCUUGAAGAAACAGUGUGUAAAUCAGAAAAAAAUGAAACACACUCUGAAAUCUUCAAAGAGACUGAACUAAAUGCAGAACCCCAGAGUAAGGAAGGAGAUAAGACUAAUAAAUCCAAAGACAUUUUACUGAAAGGUACAGAAGUGAAGAUGGAACUUACAGUUGAUGAUACUUUGGAAAGUAAGGAUGAAUCAGACUGUAUGAAGUCAUUAAGUACAACUAAACCAGUGGAGUCAGCAACUCAGUCAGAGGAAAUAAAAUUAGAAGAGAUGAGUGUGCCCAAUGAAGAAGAAUUUCUUGAUCCAGAUUUUCCAGAUACCAUAGAGGAUUUAGUAACCUUAGACGAAGUUGGUGAUGAGGAGGAGAGAAUGAACCAUUCAUCUUCCAGGGACCCACUGAGGCAAGAACAGGGAGGAAGGGUGGUUACUGUAACACAUUAUGAAAAAUUAAACAAUUAUGAAUCAGAGAUUCUUAGGCUUGUUGAACCAUUUGGCAAAGUGAUGAAUUAUAUGGUGCUACAUGAAAAGAAAGUGUCUCUCUUGGAAUUGGACUCUACAGAUGCAGCAAAUAAAAUGGUGAAUCACUAUAGGGAAAAUGAAGGACUUGUUUGUGGGCUACCUGUUAAAGUUAAUUUGUCCCAAACAUACAGAAAAGUGAAGAAUACAGGGAGAGUUAUUUGCUUGACAUGCCUGCCUUCAUCAUGGUACACUGAUAAAGAAGUUUUAAGGCUUGCUAAACCAUUUGGAAAAGUGAUAUGUUAUUUUCUUCUCAGACUGCGUGGUGAGGCAUUUCUUGAAAUGAAAUCUUGGGAUUCAGCUUUUAAAAUGUUUCAGGCUUAUACGGAGAAACCUCCCCAUUUAAAUAGAAAAAAAAUAUAUGUUUCUUUAAGCAACAAGUAUGCAAAACUUUUCAAAGGGUUUAAGCCCCAGUCUCCUUCUCCAGAACGAGACGAUUUUCCUAAGCGUUCUAAAAGGAAUUAUUCAGAGAGCCAUAAGGAUAGUCGUAGAAGUAAAGAAGAUACAACCACACCAUCUGGAAAAAGAAUGUGUACAUCCAGAUCUCGGAGGUCUCCACGCAGACUGUCGAAAGAAAAAGAAGAAUCUGCCAUCCGCAAAACUAAAAAAGAGGUUGAUGAAUUAGUAGAAUCCAAAAAUGAUAGCGCGCCAUUAAUGGAUCACUCUGAUAAAGGAACUGUUUUAGAAGAUAUUAUACCAGAAUCUGUGAUUACUGACACAAGUGAGAAAGAAGAUGAACAGAAUGAAAUAUCUGAAAAUUCUGAAGAACCUGUAGGUGUGGAUUAUGUGAUUUCAGCUGUUGGUUACUACUGCAAACUUUGCAAUUUGUUCUACACCAAUGAGCAUACAGCGAAAGUCAAGCACUGCACAAGUUUAACCCACAGGGCAAAAGUAAAGGAAGCAGAGGAAACUGAAGCUUUGGAAAAAUAAUGUUGCACAGUGGAAAAGACUGGUGCACGGAGCAUUUAUCUUUUUUGUUUUCUGAAGACAAUGUGAAAUCUUGAACAUGCAGAAAAUGUCCACAUUCUGCCGACAUAAUACAUAAAUGGAUAGUUGAAUAUAUUGCUCAAAUUUCUGUCACCAUUUUUUACUUGAUCCUCUCACAUUUAUGUUGUUUCAAACUGAGCGGACAUCAGCUUGUUUAAUUUUUGUUGUGUUUAUUAGCUGCCAUUUUCUUGGUGUAGCAGUUAAUAUUCUGUACAUCUUUUGUAUUAGUUCACUGAUGAGCUGUGAAUAUUCCAGAGUUCAAUAAACAAACAUGCAAAAGCAUUUCAUGUUACUAAUAUAAAGAAAUGUUCCUUUUAAA